AUGUCAAUUUUCUGGUCAGGCAUCGCCGGCAUCUGCGUCGUUCGCGUCAUUAUCAUCACCUUCCGGGUCAAAUCAAUCCUCGCCGGCAAUGAGGAUCUCUUGACUACCAUCAACCAUAUCCACAUCGCCUACUUCGGUCUCAUCGCGUCGCUCGAAUGCCUCAGCGCAUACUUCCUCAUCGUCCUCUUUACAUCGGCCAAGACUUCAUCUGCCGAGAUUGCGCGCAGUGGUGGUCUUUUCCAAUACUUGGCCCGAAGCACGGAAAUAAGAGUCGCUCUUCUGGCUCUGCAGGGUACGCUUCGCGCUGUGACGCAUUCAUUCAAGACGGCUGGCCAGACGGCGGAGAACAUUGCUACCCAACUGGACCGAUUCUUCUACGCUGUCUUCUGCCUGUACUCCAUGGUGUUAUACAUCGAUCUUCUUUCGUCCAAACUCAAGUUCAACGGUACCCAGGAUUACCCCUCCUCUCGUGAUCGCUAUGUCCACCAGAGCAGCCAGCCUGGUCGCUUCACCUCAACACAAAAGGAUGACUUUGCCCAAACUAGAACGGAGCAUGUCGUCGGUGUUGACGGCGGCACACGUACCCAUAAGACCCGAAAUGAUUCUACAGAUCAUAUCAUUGAGGGCGGUUCCUCACAAGGCGACGGGUCAAUUAACCUGGAGGACAUGGACCUCAAGGGCAAUGUGAUCAAGAAGACGGUUGAGUUCAGAGUCGUGUAG